AUGGGUUUCAAUUCUGUCUAUAGAAGUUUGCAGGAGUUAUUUCCUCAGGUUGAUACCAAAAGUAACAAGAAAACCUUUUUGUCAUCAAUGGAAUCUCUUAUGACCUUGAUGAGGGAUGUGCAACUUCAGGAGCAAGCUGUAGAGGAGGCCAGCAUGGAUGCUGCUACUGGAGGGUCUAAUAUUCUGGCCAGGCAUGCGGGAGAAGUGUUUGGGGAAAAAGCAAUUCUGGUAACUGAACUGAAGGAACUUCAGUCACGCCUACUCAGCUUGUCUAAUGAAAGGGAUAAGUCUCUUGCAAUACUCAAUGAGAAUACCUUGAACACCUUCCUAACUAUUGUAAUAGUCAGUCUUCUCUACUAUAACAUAAUGUCUAAGGAAGGCAUAGGAGAAAUUUCAGUUAUUUGUCAGGAUAUUAGGCUCCUAAAAGAGAGAUUUGAUGCAAAUCUUCCAUUGAGUGAAUCUUUCACCUCAAGUCAGACCAGUUGCAAGUUAGCUUCAUCAGGUACGUCCCACAAAACCGUGGCAUCUGAUGUAGAUUCUGUGCAUGGUGAUUCAUCUGAAAGAAGUAAGAUAAGUGAAAGCCUUUCUUCCAAAAGUGGACACGACGAGGAAAAAUCAAAAGCUUCUCAAAAUGCUCUUCUUGAUGAUGGGUGGGACAUUUUUGAGAAAGAUGCAGAGCUGAAUUCUGGAGUUUACUGA